AUGGCAUCGUCCCAGCCCAGUCCCUUCUCAGCCAUGGAGCUUCUCCUGGCCUCUGCCGUCUUCUGCCUGGUAUUCUGGGUGGUCAGGGCCUGGCGGCCUCGGGUCCCUCAAGGCCUGAAGAGUCCACCGGAGCCCUGGGGCUUGCCCCUGCUCGGGCACUUGCUGACCUUGGGGAAGAACCCACACAUGGUCCUGUCACAGCUGAGCCAGCGCUAUGGGGACGUGCUGCAGAUCCGCAUUGGCUGCACACCCGUGCUGGUGCUCAGUGGCCUGGACACCAUCCGGCAGGCCCUGGUGCGGCAGGGCGAUGAUUUCAAGGGCCGGCCCGACCUCUACAGCUUCACCUUGAUCUCUGAUGGCCAGAGCAUGACCUUCAACCCAGACUCUGGACCGGUGUGGGCUGCCCGGCGACGCCUGGCCCAGAAUGCUCUCAACACCUUCUCCGUUGCCUCAGACCCGUCUUCCUCAUCCUCCUGCUACCUGGAGGAUCACGUGAGCAAGGAGGCUGAGGCCCUCCUGGGCAAGUUCCAGGAGCUGAUGGCAGGGCCUGGGCGCUUCGACCCCUAUGGCCACGUGGUGGCAUCGGUGGCCAACGUCAUCGGUGCCAUGUGCUUCGGGCAGCACUUCCCCCAGAGCAGUGAGGAGAUGCUCAGUCUGGUGGAGCGCAGCCAUGAGUUUGUGGAAUCCGCCAGCUCUGGGAAUCCUGUAGACUUCUUCCCCAUCCUUAAAUACCUGCCCAACCCGGCUCUGCAAAGGUUCAAGAGCUUCAACCAGAGGUUCCUGCAGUUUGUGCGGAAAACGGUCCAGGAGCACUACCAGGACUUUGACAAGAACAGCAUCCAGGACAUCAUAGGCGCCCUGUUCAAGCACAGUGAAGAUAAUUCCCAAGCCAGCAGUCGCCUCAUCUCCCAGGAGAAGACUGUCAACCUGGUCAACGACCUCUUUGGGGCCGGGUUUGACACCAUCACAACAGCCAUCUCCUGGAGCCUUAUGUACCUUGUGACAAAUCCUAAGAUACAGAGAAAGAUCCAGGAGGAGCUGGACAGAGUGAUUGGCAGGGCGCGGCGGCCCCGGCUCUCCGACAGAUCCCAGCUGCCCUAUUUGGAGGCCUUCAUCCUGGAGACCUUCCGACACUCCUCCUUCGUCCCCUUCACCAUCCCCCACAGCACAACAAGGGAUACAACACUGAAUGGCUUCUUCAUCCCCAAGGAACGCUGUGUCUUCGUAAAUCAGUGGCAGGUCAAUCAUGACCCGAAGCUCUGGGGGGAUCCAUCUGAGUUCCGGCCAGAGAGAUUCCUCACGUCUGAUGGCACCGCCAUCGAUAAGAUCUCGAGUGAGAAAGUGUUACUCUUCGGCAUGGGCAAGCGCCGGUGCAUAGGGGAGGUCAUGGCCAGGUGGGAGGUCUUCCUCUUCCUGGCCAUCUUGCUGCAGCAGCUGGAGUUCAGCGUGCCACCAGGUGUGAAAGUGGACCUAACCCCCACCUACGGGCUGACCAUGAAGCAUGCCCGCUGUAAGCAUGUGCAGGCACGGCUGCGCUUCCCCAUCAAGUGA